CAUGCGCAUCGCCGCAACUUUCCCCUUGGCCCUCGCGUUUGUCUCGUCCUCAACCGCCUUCGUUACUCCGCUGACUCGGCAUUGGUUGCGUCCACGAAGGAAGGCUCAGCAGAUCUCGGCGCAGUCGGCUGAGAUGAGUGGCGCAGAGAUGAGCGACGUCAAAGAUCUGGCUGUCAAAGCUGGCAGAGGUAGUCCAAACCACAUGCAGUGCAGCACACGCACGCACACUGAACAACGUGGCAUUCUGUUGUGUGUUGCCCUCUACUGUGCUGUGCCUUGCAGAUAUCAGCGGCGCCUGGGUCUCAGCCAUCGCCUACAUGGGCGACCAGCUCGGCCUCUUCAGGUGGGUCAGAAGCAAGGCAACCACAGGAUUUUAUUCGCGCCAUGCGUGUGUUGGCCUUAGGAAGCUUGCCGAGGCGCCCAACAACGGCGAGGGUCGCGGCGUGACAUCCGCUGAGCUGUCAAAGAGCCUCCAGCUCAACGAGCGAUACGUUCGCGAGUGGCUCCAUGCAAUGGUCGGCCAGCCUCACGAGUCACUUUCCUUGCAGACUGUCUGUCGGUCUGUCUCUUUGUCUGUCUGUCUGUCUGUCUGUCAGGUGGCGGCCGAGUACAUCGAGUGUGAGCUGGUCGAUUCCUACGUCGACAGGGGGGAGGGGACUCAAGAGGGAAAGAGGAAGUUCUUCAUGACCGGGGCACAGAGAGCGGUAGGCUCAACAGGCCGGGGAAGGACCGACACACCGCACCCGGGGGAUCGAUGUGUAUAUGCGUCUGUCUGUCUGUCUGUCUGUGUGCCAGGUGUUUGCUGCCGACGAGAGCCCUUUUGCAAUGAAUGGCUACUUUGAGUUCACUCUGGGCUCAUUUCGCAGCAUCCCUGUACGCGAGCAGGAAUGUUGGGAACCGCAACGGCACUGUCUAUUUCUCGUUAUUCUGUGUACCGUGAAUCAUUCAGGAGGUGAUGCGGUGCUUUCGUGAUGGCGGCGGGGUCCCUUUCUCGGCUCUCGGCCCCGACGUGUCGCACGGCAUCCACCGCAUGCACGUGCCCCUGUUCGUGCACCAGAUGCCCAGCUGGUUCGCAAACCACCCCUCGCUGCACGAUAAGAUGACAAGGGGCAUCCGCUUUCUCGACAUUGGCGUCGGCUCCGGGCUGUCGACCAUCGAGCUGGUCAGCCAGUCAGUCAGCCAAUUCAGCUCAUGAGGGGCCGGCACACGUCUGUCGUCAUGCACGUGUGUCUUCUUCUUUCUCUGUCAGGCCCGUCGGUAUCCGCGCACGACCUUCGUGGGGCUCGACCCUGAUGCCGUGUCAAUCGAACGUGCUCGUAAGGCGGCGCCUCCGCAUUUGACCAACCUGGAUUUCGUCCAAUCGACAAUUGAAGGCCUGCCCAGCCACCCGCAGCAGGUCUUUUUCCACGGGCGGCACUCUUUUGACGCCGCCUUCUGCUUCGACGUACGUGAGCUGCCUUGUAUGUGUCUGUAAUGCAGCACAGACAUAGAGAGUAUGUGUGUUUGUCCUUCACGCAGGUGGUGCACGACCUGAAGGACCCCGUGGCUGCCCUGUCGACCAUCCGGUCGCUGCUCAAGCCUGACGGCGAGCUGCUGUGGUCGGAGCCCGCCGGGUCCGUCGACCCGGUGGAGAAUCGCAGCACCAAGCGGCGCACGAGGCAGGCACUCUCGAUCCUCCACUGCAUGACGGUGUCCAUGGCGGAGGGGGGGGAGGGGCUGGGCACUCUCAUAGGUAAGGAGAGGGCGGAGCGGCUGGCGAGAGAGGCGUCGUUCAGCACUUUCCAGCUAGUUCACGACAUCAGUUCUGAGGACGGUCAGUACUUUUAUCGACUGCUGCCGUGACGGGCGUUUAAAGUGAGUGUAGUAAGGGGCUGCGUGUGCAGUUGAUUCCCAGUUGAUUCAUUGAUGUUUUCUAUGUUGAUUGGAUGGCUGUGUGGCGAGGGUCGCUGUUGGUGUGCAUGUGUGAAGUUUUGUGUAAUGGCCACUCAUGGCUACUCAUGGCUUGACUCCAAGUGUGCGAAGCAGGAAGCAACCGGGGGAGCAGCAUCGUACACAAAAUUUCGUUGCAUGCACGGCACGGCUGUGUGUGUUUGUACGUACUGUACCUUUUGGAGGCUCUCAUUCAUAGCACUAGAGCU